AGUUCAGUUCGAGGACGCGUCCGCGCAUAGACGCGUCCAUUCACGCUUGUUUUAACAAAAGUUUGCAUCAAAAACUUUUAUUUGCUGAAUGAAAUAAUACAAAUAGUGAUGACAUUUUAGUGUUCAAGUGAUUUAAAGUUGUGUUUCUUGUAAACAAAAAAACGUGCCAUGAUAUAUGUCGCGUGCAAAACGAUCCCGUAUCAAAAACUGGAUUUUGUCAUGAUUUGACAAAGAAAACCCUGAAAAUGUCUCAUCCGGAUGUGACGUCAGCGCCAAGUUCUCCCACCCCGGAAGCAUGUCCAGAAUGCGACGCAACUGCUUCUGUAACUUCAGAUCUGCACAAGUACCAAGUGGCCUGUACUUGCAAGCCGUCAUCGGCACAGUACGCUAGCGCUGACGACCCUGGCGCUCCUCCACCAGCGAAGAUUGACACGCCGCCUGCCCUACCACCGAGACCUCCUACAAGCGUGCUUGCUUCCACCAGACGAACCAAUGCAUCAGUGGGAUGCAACAAUGAAGCAAGUGGUCGUCGUAGAAAGUACGCCUGGUGGUGCGUCGGCUGCGGCGCCUUGGCAGCGGCUCUCGGAGGCCUGUUGGCUGCCCAGCAUAUCCUACUGAGGGCCUAUACAGCAUCACCGCAGCAUCUGGAGACGGUGCCGGCGGCUGUACCGGCGGCCAUGUUGGUGUUGACCGGCGUGUGCAUCAUGAGCCUCGCGCGACGGAGGAACCGUUACAGCUACAUGGUAAGAAAAAUCAAAGUUGUGGGCGCUUGCUGUCUGGUCUGCGCCUUAACUUGCGUCCUGGUGACGAUAACGACAACUGUAAUACAUAUGAACAAAUUGCAGACGCUGAAGUCUUGCGAGUAUACCAAGCUGACCCGUACCUGCACUUGUUAUUCGAUGCUACCAGGCACCCAGCACAGCGGCAGCGAAGAUGACGGGGUGCGCUGCGUCUUCGAAGGCGUCACGGACUGCGGCGUGGUCCACGGCGCGCUGUACUGGUGCUUGAGAGGAGUCUUCGCCCUCUCAGUCAGCGCUGUGCUCGUCUGCAUCUUCAGCUGCAUGCUGGCUUAUCAACUGCUGAGUCACGAACGAAAGAAAAUGUACUGGGAGCAGUUAGAAUUGAGAUGCCGUUCGCUGUAUCGGCCGCCAAUGGGGCAGCCGACCCCCACCGCCGGCAGAUCCGCUCAAGCUAAUUGUGGCUGCUGUGCUCAGUGUCACCCCACCCAGCAGGCCUGGGAUAUCAGCUUGCAGCACAGGUUUUGGGCGCCAGGACGCAUCGGGAACCUGUACUCGCCCAAUCCUGGCGCCGGGAGGAAGACCUCGGCCUGGAGUUGGUUCCCUUGGCCGAGGAGUAACAGCCAGAAUUCUAGAUGUCGUAUGGGAGGAGUCCCGCAGUCCGGCGACAGCGCGUACGGUUUCUGCGAGGGCGAAGCCCCGGGUGCUCCACAAUUCGAGCCGGCGUUCCAGAGGCCCAACUACCCUCAGAAUUUCGCUCAUCAACAGAGUUUCACGCAGAGCGAGUCGUCGGUGGGCACGGUCGCGGAGGGGGCGGCGUGGGGCCCCCCGCCCCCCUACAGCCCGCACGGCAGGCCCGCACACAGGCAUCACCUUCACCAUCAAGAUCCGGCUGCGGCGACCCUCCUCCACCACCACCACCACGACGUCCACAGACCGGCGCACGAUCACGCCAACGUACAGACGCACGCGUGCUCCAGAAACUCGUAUCUGAUGCACGGCGCGCCGCCAAACGACAUUGACCGGUUAAAUCCGGACGCGAACCGGAUGAAUCCGGAUCUGCACCGGCUCAAUCCGGAUCUGGGGCACGCGUACGUGGCGGAAAUGGCCCGGAUGCAAGCGGACGUGACGCAUCUGCCCCCGGAGGCGAGGUUCAACACUCUAAGAGGGCAUCUGGUGCCGUACCGAUGUCAGAGGCUGGGGGUCAGCGCCAGUAACCUGCACAGAGACUGCAGGAUGGACGAUAACAUUGCCAUUGAAUGCGUCCACCAGAAAAGCGGCAGUAGAGUUUCCGACCAGAGCAGCGACUCUUGCCAGAAGCAAGGGAAAGAGAACUUGGGCUUCCAGAAUGACAAACAUUCGCCUAUAAGAUCGUCAAUGCAGGAUUGUCGGAACACCAACCUGAACACCGAGUCGGAGGUGUACUUUGCAGACGUGUCGAGCUGCUGCAACGUGUCCGUUAAGGCGGACUGCUGCGUGAAUCCGAACGUGUCCGCUCUGGUGGGCACCAUAGAGAACCACCCGGAGUCCACGUCCGAAUCAGACACCGGCUCCUUCACGCUGACCCGGCAGCAGCGACCCCAGCCGCAGGUCGGCUCCAAGCGCCGGCCUCGCGCUACCCAGCACGCGAAGGUACAAGAGAAGAUGCGCGUCAACAAUCCCGUGCGCCUCACCGAGCAUCAAAUAGACCAGCUCAACGCUAUGAGGAUAAACGACCGAGAUCGAAUGAACGAGAACAGAAUGAGCGAACGAAUGAACGACUCGAGGGACCGACUUAACGUCUGCGAACGAGUCGACGCUAGGAUCUGUGAACGAAUCAACGAUUCCAGAGAUCGCUUGAACGAAUUGAACGAUUGCAGAUUCGAUAGAAACGAUUGUAGAAUGAGCGAACGCGUAAAUGAAGUGAGAUUGAAUGAGAUUAGAGUUUGUGAUAAAGUCAGCGACGCCCGCCACGGCGAUAGGAUCGAAAGAUUUAAUGAAUCCAGAAUAAGUGAUAAAAUGAACGAUUCUAGACUUAGCGAUCGAUUCGAACGAAUGAACGACUCUCGUAUCGGUGAUAAAAUGAACGAAUCGCGUCUGUCCGAGAGGUUCGAACGAAUGAAUGAUCCGAGAAUGAGCGAUAAGAUGAACGAUUCGCGUCUCAGCGACCGGAUAGAACGAAUCAAUGAGUCGAGAGUGAGCGAUAAAUUGAACGAUACGCGCCUGAGCGAGAGAAUGGAACGAAUGAACGAAACAAGAAUGAGUGACCGGAUCGAACGUGUGACCGAUCCUCGCAUGUCUGACCGUUUCGAUCGAAUGGCAGACCUAAAUUCGAGCAUCCGAAUCGAAGGGAGCCCUAGGUCUAGAUCGCACAUGAGCCCACUCAGGAUGCCUAAGGAGCACCCCAGACAAUCCAGCUCAGACUCGAAGGAAUUCUUCGCUCAGCCAAUCUCGCCUCUAUCCCCCAAAACCGAGGAGUCGUUAUUGUCUGACGACGACCGCAGCCCAGAUCAGGUGUAUUCGAACAGUCCGGAAACUUCUAAAUGCCUGGGCCCGGAUUCUCAGUACGAACCGGUCCGCGAUGGCAAAGAGGAGAUCCUGAAGACAAACCACCAUCAUUGUUAUAGCGACACGAACACCAUGGACUCUGGUUGGCAGAGCGGCUCCGAAAAGCAAGUCACCGACUAGAGAUGAAUUUGGACAACAAAAAAAAUACCAUGAAAAUUACGUUCAAAGAUUCAGUUCCACAGAUACAAUAAAAACUCCUUAUUCGCGAUUCGUUCAUUCGCGUUAUUAAUAAUCGCGAAUUUAAAAAAAUGCGACCCAUUCGCGGAUGAAGAUUUCUUUAUUCGUAAAUCUAAUCGGUAUAACAGUGCAUAUAAUAGCCGGCAAACUUCUUGAGCAUUUGUUGACGUAGUGGGGGUAAGUUUGCGCAUGGUACACUCACGUGCAAAAACAUUAUUUACUCUGCGUCAUAAUGCAAUUAAAUUAUUAAAAUCAACAUAUGUAUUUCUAUAUAUAUUUAUUAGAACAUCAACAAAAAAUAUAGGUUAAUAAUUGUAAUAAUUUAAUCUUGGGGUAAAAUAGAUAUUCCUUCUAUUAAGUCAAAACUAGAGCUGUUGCCAGGUCUUCGUUCAGUUGAAGCGAAGCUGGUAUUUGUAAUUUUUUUUUUCGUUAUCAUAAUCUCCACCAUCAUCAUCAUCACUGUUUUCAUCACCCGAGUCGCCAUCAUCGUGAUGAGUCGACAUCUCGACGAGGCUCAUCGGUGUAGUUUACAACUCGGUUGGUUCGAUCUUCUUUUUUGUCUAUAGAUAAUUAAUUAUUUUUUGAAGAUAUUCGAUUCAUAGUAAUCGAAUGCUACUUUUUUCAAUUACCAGCUCCCGAUUAUUUUCUGUUUUUUUUUCCAUCUGAAGCCUAGCUCUUUCAUAAUUCGUCGUAAACUUCAUUCCGAGCCAUUAAAAUGUAUAUCUUCUUUAAAAUUUUCGAAGCCUUUCUACGGUACGGAGUUUCGCUGCUUGUUAUGUAGUUAUUUUGAUUACAUCUUCUUAUUACAGAUUGAACGAAACUAUCCAUUCCGGUAACUUUCUUCUUCCCUGAUCUUUUCUUACCCGGAGUCCCAAGCACGAUGAGCAAGCCAGAGCCUUUAGCUUCGUUAAUAAUGCACCUAACAGUACUCACUGAUGUUUUUGUUGCUUCCGAAGUCUGUUUUACUUUUUCCAUAAUAUCAUUCUUCCCCUGUUUUAUAAUGAAGCAAUAUACGUUGUACACAAUUUUUCUACCCUUUCUUUUGAAUACUACACCAGUUUGUCGCGGCAUAGUGUAUUUUUUAUAAAAAAUCAACAAACACUCAACAAAUAGCAAUGGCAACAAAGUCAACAAGCAAUUAUAACAAAAUAUAACUUAACGAUUAAUAACGAUAGACUUUUCACUGUACGCAAGCGUACUUUUGGGAGCAAGCGGAAAGAGGGCGCGGUGCGGGACGAAAGGUUCGACUGAUCUACCAAUAACGCGCUCGAUACGAUUUCCCCUGCCGUCGCGCCUCACCCUCACCACCAAAGUGAUCUAAAUUUCGGUUCUGCGCAGUCAAGGUCAUUUGCUCACGAUGUUUGCCGGUUACUAUACACAUUGUUAAAAAUAAUUUCGGUACUUUUUGGCGGUAACGCGAGGAGUGAAGUUGUGCGAUUUGUUUUAUUAUGUCUGUUUAGUGUUUCUUCAGUAUUAAACGUGUAAUAACGGUGGUUUAUUAACCGUUUAGGAUCUGUGAAAGUGCACAAGUAUGGGAAAAAACUACUUGUUGCGAUACCAGUGUUGCCAGUGUUGAGUUUAUAAAAAAUAAGUUAAUUCGGUUAAAUGAAAGACGAUAUGAAGCGAAAUGUGAUGAAGUUGAUUUAUUUGAGAUUUGAAUGUUUUGGGAUGAAAUUCAAUGGAAACGCAAUGAGAUCAAGGCUCAGUAAAUUAGUGGUUAUUUACUGAGACUUCAGUGGAGGUUUUGAAGGAACCCAAAGAAGCUACGUCCAGUGGCUUCGGUUAGUUUUCCCACAUUUGUGAAUUUUCACAGCUACUAAACGGGUUUAAUUUUUUUUUAUUGCCCUUGUAGGCAGACGAGCAUACGGCCCACCUGAUGGUGAGUGGUUACCGUCGCCCAUGGACUUCAGCAAUGCCAGGGGCAGAGCCAAGCCGCUGCCUACCGUCAGAUAUCGCUACCGUCAAAUAAGCCACCGUUAUUACACCAUUCAAUGCCGGCUAGAGGCCGCCGCGGUGUUGCCUGAUCAAUUAUCUCAAAUUAAUCGCCCGAACCCUAAUCCAGCAUUUGAUAUUAUAAGAUCGCUACCUUACGCGUAUGGCCACGAGCAUCACGUAAAGAUAUCGCAAUGGUGGUAGCGGUACUGAUGCAUAGGAAAAUCAUAUUGUCAAACCCCGACGAAGUUUCCUUGGCAAUAAGUGUGUUAAACCAGAAGAAAUAUUAAAUAAACAAAAUAAAACAAUCCACUUAACUAGGCUAAUCGCGUUCCCUCAAAAAAGUUGGUUUGUCUGUUGUCUGUAUAAUAAAUUGUUAAGUUUUUUUUUUUGUACAUGGCAACAUUUUUAUUCCAAACAAAUCAACUUGGAAUAUACUUAUUUUAGCUUUCGUUCGAAAGGAAUAUAUGAGUCGUCUAUUAUCAAAGGUGGCAAUCUGUGCAUUUGGACAAAAAAAUGUUAUUGAUAUGUCAAUACAGAUUGAUUUGAAUAUAAUCGUCUCCUUCAAAGAAUACGGUUCAAAACCUGCAUUAAAUAAAGGUUAAUAGUUAACCUGUUAUUUAUCUAAGAUGUCGUUCAGAAGAGUUUUGUGACUGCCAAUAGAAUACAAAGUCAGUAAUUCGUUUUUCUGAUUUACCAAUAAUUGUCCAAAGGUCACAUUGCCGGCUUUGAUAAUAGUCGACUCAUAUUUACGUUAGUGUAACAAUUACUGAAUAAAAACGUAAAAUAUUUUAAAUUCUAAAUUAAAAGUAUUUUGAGGUAAAAUUCCAUUUUUUUAACAACAAAACUGUCAACAAAAUGUCACUCUAAAUUUAUCUACUCUAAAGAUGAUAGGGUUACAAUAGAAAUCGGCAUUGUUUUAAGGAGGUUUUUUAAAUUCCACUUGUAUUGGAAAUUUUAAGUGAAAAUUGGAUGGUUUAGGACUCGUUUGAUAAAUAAGAGUUUUAAGGACAUGCCCUCAGAAAACAGUGUAGAUAAAUUUCCACCCCAAAACCGGGUGGUAUAUGGUAAAAAUAUACUCUGGAAACCAGAGACAUGAAUUUGACAACUGACAGCUUGCGAUUUGAAUAAUUGUUUUUUUUUUAAGGGAUUAAAUGACCUGGUAACUAAGACUUUUAGGUCAAGCCUUAUUUUAAUUUAUAUUGUUAUUUUUAUGAAAAAUGAUACUACGAAGUGAUAUGAAAUGAAAUGAGAUGCGAUGAGAUGAUAUGGUAUGAAAUUUGUUAAUGAUCUACAUAGAUAAAAUACAAUAAUCUCUAGAAUACGAUAAUUUUAUAAAAAAAAAAAAAAUAUGAAUGUAAUAAUAAUGAAUUUAGUAAAAAGUGUUCUCUCCGUAUUUUAUACUAUUGUAAAUUUAUAAUCAACAAAAAUAAUAAUAAUGUAAUGGAAAUUAAGAUUUAGGGAAAUACAUAUAAGUAUAGAAUUUCUUUAAGUUUGUUCUGAAAAUUUGUUAUGUUUUUUUUCGUGUAUCAUUCAUGUUUUAUCUGUGGUUCUUCAUACAUCCGUCCAUGUCAAAAGGAAUUUGGCUGCAGAGAUUGUUUUAGAAGCCGCCAGAAUGUCGCCACUGACUUUCUUUUUUUUAUUGCCUAGAUGGGUGGGUGGGUGCCAAUUCUUCUAAUGAAAUACGUACUUAACAAAUGUUCACGAUUGACUUCCACGGUGAAGGAAUAACAUCGUGUAAUAAAAAUCAAAUCCGCAACAUUAUAAUUUGCGUUAUUACUGGUGGUAGGACGUCUUGUGAGUCCGCACGGAUAAGUACCACCGCCCUGUCUAUUUCUGCCGUGUAGCAGUAAUGCGUUUCGGUUUGAAGGGUGGGGCAGCCGUUGUAACUAUACUGAGAUCUUAGAACUCCAGUAACCACUUAACACCAGGUGGGCUGUGAGCUCGUCCACCCAUCUAAGCAAUAAAAAACAACUCCAUAUAAAUUCGAGUUAACUUUUACGCUAUCGAGAUCGUUAAAAAUGGCAAUAAGCAUACAGGGUGUGGGCGCAACGGUUUCAAGGGCCGCUGGAUUCGGUAGGUACUCUAUUUUUUUUCCUACCUAUUCUAGGAACCUCGAGGGGUUAUUCUAGAUUCGCCGAAAGGUACUCUCAAUGAUCCUGCUGUAUUUUUAACUGGUCGAUUUUGACCGCGUGCUUACUAGAGGGCGCUAGGGUAGUGAUUGCCCGCGGCCGCUACACAGACCAUAGACCCUUUGCGUGCGACCGUUGAGUUAUAGGACGCUGGUAAAUACUGGCCCGAAGCCACAAUACGCGUUAUGACCAGUUUUCUAAGCAUCACAAAAAAAAGACGACCUUACUAAUUGAAGAACAUAUAAAAAAUGUUUUCUGUCUUUUUACAAUCAUCACGAUAAUCGAAAUUAUAUUUUAGGGUAUAAAUACGUAUUAAAAUUUAAAAUUCGACCGCGUAACAUUGCCAAAAUGUUUAAUAAGGGUUCCUAUGAAACAGAUUGUCAAAGUGAUAUGCCCCAAAUUGCUCACUGACCUUAUUUAGGCAAUACUAGGUCAUUCUUGCCCCUAAAUAUAUAUUCAGGUCGAUGUCUAAGUAAACUAUUUUAUUUGUAAAUAAAUAAUCGUAAAUGCAUACGUUAUUAUUGAGAAAAUUUAGUUUUAAAAAAAAUUGAAAAUAAAAAUUAAAUUCUUUGUCAUUCAAAAGUACUAAUCUACACCCUAAUUUUUAAAACGUACCUUAUUAUCUUUUUACGCCAUUUUUCUUUAUACAAAUCAAAGAUGGCGGCCGAGAAUUGGGACAUUGAAUAAAAAAAAACAAAUAGCCAUUCCAGGGAGGCAUUUUUCUAGAUGGUACCAUUUUAUUGUCAUAUCAUCAAACUAGUACACACAGUUUUAAAGUUUAUAUCGAGAUAACAAUAAUUAUUGCAAGCAAGUGAAAAUUGAAUUUUGAAGGUUAAGUAAUAUAUGCGGUAUAUUUAGAGAAGAAAUAAGGAGGAUGAGAUCAAUGUAUUUAAGUGUCUGCUGAAAAGGAGCCGAUUAAGAUGGCGCCACUGUAGCAAGUGGAAAGAUUUUAAGCGCCAAAAACUAUUUACAAAGAAAGAAAGAAACACUUCCCACGCAGAUAGUAAUAAAAAUAAAUAGUUUGUAUUUUAAAUACUGAAUAUUUUUUAACUACACAAGUCAUGAAAAGUAUCAAAUAUUUCAAUCCAGCACACUUGACUCUGCGACUGCUAUAUUCAUAUAAUUUCCACUUGCUACACUUGCGCUAUUUCGGUGAGUCUUCCAACAACAACUUUCUGUUUAUAGAUGCGUCACUUUUUCAACUUUUCCCCUAUACAGGGACGUCUUAAACUAAGACGGGGCCCUCGGGCACAAGAAUUUGAGGCCCUUUUGGAAAGUAAAAAAAGCGAAUUAUAAUAACAUUUUUUUACUGAGUAUAAGACCAUUUAUUAUAGGUAAUCAAAUACAGUAUGAUAUAAUAUGUCAUUAAUGAUAUUAGAAUGCUGCUGGUUUUUUGGUUACGAUUUCAAUAACGGUUUCUUUCGGGUUUCUGUUGAGCAAAAUCUUCUAUUAUAGGCAUAGUAUAUUCCUUGUAAAUAAUAAUACCUUCUGAUUACUGAUUUGUGAAAAAAGUGUACUGUGCUCGACAAAAAUGUUUUGAGAAUAAACGUGUGAGAGAAAUUGUCGGUCUUUCGGAGCCCCCUGAGAAUGGGAGCCCUGGGCACGGGCCCCGUGUGCCCUUAUGGUAAAGACAGUAUUGCCCCUAUACAAGAUGGUGCUCCUUAUCUCUACCCUCCAUAAUACGGUUACCUAUUGUAAGCUGUUUCAAUGUUAUUUUCGCAAAAAAGUUUUGUUUCAAAUUGUAAAAAAAAUUAUUACAUUUGGUCCAAUUUUUUUAAAAUAUACUUUACAAUUUUUAGGUUUGUUUAUGUGUAAUUUUGAAUACAUGAAUUAUUCAAUGAAAUUUAUACCAACAUUUCUGAAAAACUGUUUCUAACAAUCUAUUGUUGAAAUUAUUGUUAUUAACAUUCGGUGGUAAAUAUAUAUAUGUAAUAAUUAGUUUUAAGUGAUUUUAAUUAAAAAUGUAAUUAAAUACUCUUUAGUUUGUAAUCAUGAUUAGUUUUAUUAAGUAAUGUUCCAUUAAAAAGACUGAAACAUUA